UGGCAAUAUCAUCAGGACCAUAACCACGUUACCACAAUCCAUCGCGCACAAUAGCAUUCCAAGAAUGACCGCCCAGCACAACCAGAACUCUCAGCCUCCCGUCGCCCCCGAUGCCAGCCAAAUCUUCAACCGCAUCGCCCUAGCCACAGCCAAGCAUGAGCGCAUCCUCUCCACCCUAUCCAAGCACCGCACCGCUUCCACAUUUUCCCCAACUACGCUAACAUCAACCGGCGGCGGUUUCUCCUCCCUCACCAUCCGCACCACCCCAACCCCUUCUGAUGGAACUCAGCCUCCACAUCAAGCACAGGACAGACCAUCCCGUAAGGCCCAAGCCGACGAUGCCGACCUCCUCUACUCGCAACCCCCCAAUGCUGGGGUGGGUUACUCCCCGUCCCCGUCUCCCUCAGCGCAGUCAUCAUCGUCGGGAGCGGGGGCGCAGGAUAAGGUGACAAUGAUGCUGCGGAGGAAGGUUCUCGGGCGGAACGCUGCGCGACAGCUUGCUGAGCGGGAGCGGCAGAGGAAUGGGAAAAAGAGGGGGUUGGCAGGUGUAGGAAGCGGAGGCGGCGGGGAGAGUGAGAGUGAGGAGGAGGUGGGGAAGACGGCGCUUGUUAGGAGUAGGGGGAAUAGGGGAAACAGGGCUAAGGCGGGAGAAGAGGACGGGAAGGGGAAGGGAAAGAAGGAGGGCGGUGCUACUUCUUCGAGCAGUACUGCUGUUGCUGGUGGUGGUGGUGGUGGUGGUGGUGGUGAAAAUGGACUGUCCGAGAGCGGGAGCGAGAGUAAGGCCGGCGAGAAGGGGAACGACAAGGGGAUGCCGAGGAGGAAGAAGGCUAGGGUUGAGGAAGGGGAGAAGGACGACAAAGGGGAUUCCAUUGCAGGGUUGGCGGAGACUGAGAAGACGGAUGUGGGAGGUGAUGUUGUGAUGGGUGAGACAGGCUCUGCGGUAGAGGGGCAGACGGGCGGGGAGAAAAAGAGGAAAAGGAAGAACAAGAAGAAGCAAAGGAAGGCGGCCGAUAGGAAGGCGGCCGAUGCGAAGGCCAGGGCCGAGGCCGGCGAAACUGGCACCGAUGCCGAAGAUUGAUGGCCUGCCACAUAAUCGGCCCACAGUGGAUA